CACGAAGAAAUACCAAAAAACGAAAACUCACGGCGGAUUUGGCGUUGGAUAACAAGAAUGAUUCCAAAGCGCAGCGCAGUCAACGACCGAAAGAUUCCACCAGAGUCUUACAUCGAAAUGGAGGCGAUGAAACGUAAAGAGACGCUGGCAUAUCUUUCCACAGUAUUGACUACAAAUCCUCCCCAGGUUUCCRAGGAAACCACAAAAUCCUCGAUGAAUGAGAUGGAGACAUGGGGGGAAAUCACCAACCGCGAUCGUCGAUUGUCUGACGAAGAACUAGCUAGCGUUAUGGAUCACAGCAUGGCAAUUUUAGGAGAACGAAUCUGUGAAGCUACGAACACAUAUAAUUUCCGCGAAUCGCUCAAAUCGUUUGAGCGCUCCCUGGGUCGGUUUCGAAACGCCGAAAUCGUCCUCGGGAGACGAAUUGCGAACGGAAGCUUUGCAGAUAUUUACACGAUCAAGUCGUUUCAACGAGGAGAAGACGAUGCCGCCAUCGAGACCUAUGGGCCGGCAUACACMCGAGAACAAGCAAACGCGGCAGCRCAAAUAAAACGAAACAAAGCGCAUAAGUACGUCGUGAAAGUCUUGCGAAGCAAUCUUCUGAUCAAUUCAUCCCUCUUUGCGACGGCUGCGGCUGAUUUCCUGACAGAGGGAAAUUUAUUGGCCUCUCUGAACCAUCCAAAUAUUUUGUCCAUUCGGGGACGAUCGGUUGCUUCMGUAGAAGGAUUCUCUACCGGCAAGCGAGACUCGGUCUUUUUCGUUCUGGAACGCGUGGACGGAACAUUGUCACACAAACUGGAYGAAUGGUACGAAAGGUCCUCCGAGAUCGGCUUGUUUGGCAAGAGUCGACGAGAUUCGAGUACCACGAUACUUCGCGAACGUCUGGUCGCCAUGGGYGACCUUGCCUCUGCGCUUGCGUAUCUGCAUGAACGCCGGGUAAUCCACCGAGAUAUUUCACUCAGCAACGUUGGAUACGUAGUUCUGCAAGAAAAGGUAAAGCUUCUGGACUUCGGCCUUGCGAAGAUUCUUCCGCCUGCAACGGAUGAAAACGAGAGAUUUCUUCUSACUGGAAAUACAGGAAGUCCGCGAUAGUAAGUAACCAUCUGCCGAUUUUUUGCGUAGAACCGACAAGCAGUGAAUCCAUUCUUGAGUGUGAUGAGUUGUGCUGGAAAACUUAUGAAUAUUUCGAUGAUUGUCUCGACUAUUGUAGCAUGGCUCCUGAGAUUGGAUUGAAGGAGCCAUACAAUCUGAAAGCUGACKUAUAUUCGUUCGCAAUAUUGCUGUACGAAGUGCUUUGUCUAGAAAAGGCGUUUAGUAACUGGUACGCAAGUGAGAUUUUUGAGAACGUGCACAGGAAGAAGCAUCGACCUCGCAUGUCGAUGUUUUGGUCGAAGCAGCUGAAACAACUGUUAAAAUCUUGCUGGGCGCAGGAUCCAGCUGACCGAAUUCAGUUCGAAGAAGUUGCAAGGAUCUUACAGAAGGAGGCAGCGGGGUUGAAAACAACAGACUUUUACCGAUGAUCUCAUGCGGUGCUCAGUAMAAAUACACAGAUUUGUUGAGUCAAAAUSGUUAGGGACACAACGGUGUCGCCUGUUCUGUGGCGCGAUGCAAUUCACAAAAUAGCACAAGACAACGCAGCAGAAGCCAAARCCACAAUCGAAUCCAUGAAUACAAUGAUCAAUGGGUG